AUGGCAGAAGCGUCGGUAUCCGUUCUCGGCCAUCUGGUAGUCAUUGCUGUCAAUCUCGCCAAGGAAGAGACAAAUGCCCACCGUGUCAAGGUUCUAGCAAGAUCCUUUAAAGCCUUUCCGGCUCUCGUCAAUCAAGUUCAGGAGCUCAACGAGUUUCAAACUGACGAAGUGCGCCUUCAAAUAGAAGCCGAUGCCAUCAGGCCAGGGUUGAUUCAACAGUGGGAGGAGUUCAAUACUUGGUCUAAGGGUCUUGGAAAGUGGGAGAAGUUCUUCAAGUAUAUUCCUCGUCGCGAGAAAGUCAAGGAUAUCAAAAAGUGGUCCAACACCGUACAAACUGGUAUCUCUCAAUCGAUUACGUCCUCUACCAAGCUCAAACUAGAGGCGCAAAACGUUGCGCAUCGCACUGAAAUUGCGCUGGCACAUGCUCGGGGCGAUAUGACGGCAUCUGAGUCUGCAGCGCGAGAAAGGGAACGGUCAGCCAACUAUCUUAGCCAUGUGGAGACAGAGAAUUCUGCUGCUGAACUCGACAGACAGAGAUUCCGAAAUGCAAUCGCUGAUGCCGGUUUGCAGCUUUCUUCCGAAUACGAAGAAAGCCGCGCCCUGGCUAUCGACAUUGUCGUUGAUGUCCUUCGGAAUGGAAUUGCGGUUCAAAGCUCAGAUCAGUCUGGGGAAACAUUCCGAGAAGCCCUUGAGCGGUUGAAAUUGGUUGAACCUUUCUCGAAGGUCGCUCCGGCCUGA